UAUGAGCCCAGUAAACCUCUUUCUUGAACUGACAACCAUGGCUCUAAGCCUGUAACUUCCUCACCGGACCUCGUCGUCCAUUAUUGACAGUCGACCCCAACUCGGAUUUGGCUUGCCAUUUUCAGAACCAGUGGGGUGGCCUUUGGUGCAAGAGCUUUAUGAAGUAAUUAAGCAAAAAAAUUGCCUAACUAAAAAACAAUAAAAAUGAGCAAUGUGCCUAAAGAAGCGAUAGAGGUCGUAGCACAGAGCAUUGGCAUUUCCAAUUUGUCCCCCGAAGUCGCGCUUGCUCUCACCCCAGAUGUUGAGUACCGGGUCCGAGAGAUCAUGCAGGAGGCAAUUAAAUGCAUGCGACACUCAAGGCGAACUGUUCUGACUACAGAUGAUGUGGAUAGUGCACUUAAAUUAAGAAAUGUGGAGCCGAUAUUUGGCUUUGCCUCUGGAGAUCCUUUGAGGUUCAAGAGAGCUGCGGGACAUAAGGAUUUGUUCUACAUCGAUGACAAUGACGUGGAAUUUAAAGAUGUCAUUGAAGCACCUUUACCAAGAGCACCUCUUGGUGUAUCAGUUACUGCUCACUGGCUGGCAAUUGAAGGUGUUCAACCUGCAAUUCCAGAAAAUGCUCCUAUUGAAGCACUGGCAGCGUACUCUGAUGUGAAAAAAUCUGAAUACAAGGAAGAUGGAAUUCCUGUAGAUAUUAAAUUGCCUGUUAAGCAUGUACUGUCAAGGGAACUUCAGCUUUACUUUGAGAAGAUUACAGAGCUUACUCGCAGGUCUAGUUCCUCCCUCUUCAAAGAAGCAUUAGUCAGCUUGGCAACAGAUUCAGGACUCCAUGCGUUGGUUCCUUACUUCACAUGCUUUGUUGCUGAUGAGGUUACACGGAAUUUGAAUAGUUUCCCCUUCCUAUUUGCUUUGAUGCGCCUUGUCCGGAGCCUUCUUCAAAAUCCUCACAUACAUAUUGAACCUUAUCUACAACAAUUGAUGCCAUCAGUUAUUACCUGCCUUGUUGCCAAAAGAUUAGGGAAUAGAUAUACUGACAAUCACUGGGAACUUAGAAACUUUACCGCAAACCUGGUUUCUUCAAUUUGCAAAAGAUUUGGGCAUGUUUAUCACAAUCUUCAACCACGUUUGACAAGGACUCUGCUUCAUGCUUUCUUGGACCCAACAAAAACAUUACCUCAGCAUUAUGGUGCAAUUCAAGGGCUAGCAGCCCUUGGUCCUAGUGUGGUUCGUCUACUUAUACUACCAAAUCUCGAUUCAUAUAUGCAACUUCUUGAACCAGAAAUGAUACUAGAGAAGCAAAAGAAUGAAAUAAAGAGGCAUGAAGCUUGGCGUGUCUAUGGGGCCUUGCUGAAAGCGGCUGGCCAAUGCAUGCAUGAUCGGCUCAAGAUGUUCCACAGUUUGUUGUCUCCUCCAGCUCAUGCCAUCUGGAAGAGCAAGGAAAGGGUUGCAACAACAAUGACAAAUAAACGCAAAGCAAGCACAGACAACUUGAUGCAGCAACCACCACUCAAAAAAUUAGCUUCCGAUGGCACAGGGGGAGCAAUGCCAAUGAACUCGAUGCAAGUUGACAUGCAAGGGGCUGUAGGUGGAUUUUCCUCAUCUGUUGGGGGUUUAAAUGUUGGUUUACCAUCCGUAUCCCACCAGUUACCAAAGGAACACAUGUCAGGAAGGGAGGUCAGUGGUAAAAUGGUAAAGGGUUCUACAGUUCUUGCUCAUGCGUGGAAAGAGGAGACGGAUGCAGGACAUUUACUGGCAUCACUGUUUGAAUAUUUUGGUGAAAGUGUGUUCACCUUUAUGCCCAAAUCAGAGUUGUCUCUUUUCCUGUGAUUAAUGUGGUCAGUGGUACUUAUUGUUAUCAAGAACGUGUAAAUCAUAUGUUUUACUGCUCUGAUUCUUUUGUGGAAGGAAAAAGAAAAUCUUGUAGGUUAAAGAUGUGUCCAUACCAAAACUAUUUGGUUUUUACAUUGGAAGUAGUCUGUAGGUUCCAGUGGCUGUACUUGUAUCUCAGGCCCUAACGGUUAGAUAAAUUAAACUUACAGACCUUGCUUGGAAUUUUGGCACCAUUUUGA